AUGUCCUCUCCAUCAGUACCACAACAAGAUUUGAGGAAUAGGAAAAACAAACAAUUAAUUGUUCCUCCCAUCAAUACACAACAAUUAUCUUCAUCGUCGUCAUCUAGUAAUACUUCUCCUUCAGAAGCAGAUUCAGCAAAACAACAACAGUCCGAAUGUAGAACACCGAAAGAUGAAUUUAUUGAUGCCUUGAAUAAGCCUCAUACCAUCACCAUACUGGUGGCAUCCUUUGCUGUAUUGUUUUAUUAUUCUUUCAUCCGGCAUGAUGCUGUAACAACAGAACAAAAUGUAAAGCGAGGAAUUAUGGCCAUGAUUGGAUUGUUUCUUGUCUAUUGUGUGGUACAAUUGCGAGAUGGUAUUUUGAUGAGGCCUCAUCCUGGAAUAUGGAGAUUCAUCACAGGAAUUGGUCUUGUAUAUUUGCUAUUCCUUGUCUUUUUAAUGUUCCAAACCAAGGAAGAUGCUAGGCAAUUCAUGAAGUAUCUAGAUCCAUCGUUGGGUGUUCCUUUGCCAGAAAGAGAUUACGCAAAUAAUUGCGAUGUUUACACCCCUAAUAAUCCUGUUUCGUAUUUCAAGAAUGUUUAUGAUACCAUUUAUGAUGAAUUCAUUCUUGCCCACGUAUUGGGAUAUAUUGCCAAAGCUCUACUCUUUCGUGACAUGAAGCUUUGUUGGUGCUUGUCACUCUUUUUUGAGAUUAUGGAAAUUACAUUCCAACAUUGGUUACCAAACUUUAAGGAGUGUUGGUGGGAUCAUAUUAUCAUUGACGUUUUGAUUUGCAAUAAUAUUGGUAUUAUUAUUGGCUUGUGGAUUUGUGACUAUUUGAAAAUGCGAAAAUAUCCAUUGUGGAUUGGCGUUACAAAGAUGGACACAACUCCAAAGAAAAUCAAACGAAUUUUCCAACAAUUUACUCCAUUCAACUGGACCUCCUAUGAUUGGCACAUAUUCGACGAUGCCAAACACUUUUUAUAUUUUUGUGCCAUUGUAUUGGCCAUGAAUAUUGUUGACCUUAAUGCUUUCUUUUUAAAGUAUGUGUUAUGGGUUCCUCCUCCAAACAAGUUGAAUAUCUAUCGUUUGCUCAUUUGGUUCUGUCUAGGAAUGCCAGCCAUUAGGGAAUAUUAUCAAUACAUUAGUGAUCCAAAUACAAAGAGGAUUGGAGCCAACACAUGGAUUGCUAUUGGCAUUAUUUUCACAGAAAUUUUAGUUUACUUUAAAUUCAGUGAAGGCUAUUACCUCAUUCCAUUCCCACAUCACAUUUGGGUGAAUUGGGUCCUAUUUUUCAUGAUUAUUAUUCCAUGGUUUAUAGUUUUCUUCUUUGUCACCAAUAGAGAAAUGCGCAAGAGAAACCCACUGCUCAAGUUUGCAUUGAAUGCUACUUUGACUCUUUCCAUGGUUCCUCUGAUUUUCAUGUUCCUUUCAGGUUGUCCUGAUUUGCAGUACGGAAGAGAUUGGUUCGACAAUACUGUAGAGGGACUUCUUCAAAAGUAUGCUUACUCAAACUAA